AUGGCGACGGGGCCCCGGCUGGCGGCUGCCAGGCGGCCAUGUCCGGCAGGCCGCGCGGGCGCCACCGCUCAGCAGACCAUCCGAGAGAUCGGUGAGGUCAGCGGGAUGUCGGACGAAGAGCUGCGUUCCGCGUGCAGCCGACCGCGGCAAGACUUCGAGGCGAUCAUGGAGACGGUGGGUCCCCUGACUGAGGAUGUGAGAUGCCGGGGAGACGAUGCGGUGAGAGAGUACACACGAAAAUUCGACAAAGUCGACCUGGACUGGGUGUGCAGGAGAAUGGAGGACAUUGCUGAGCCUGAAUUGCCGGAGGAGGUAAAGGCAGCUUUCGAUGUGGCUUACGACAACAUUAGGUUGUUCCACGAAGCGCAGCGCUAUGAACCACUGGAGGUGGAGACGAUGCCAGGGGUGGUGUGCAGGAGGAUGGCACGACCCAUAGGAGCUGUGGGCCUCUACGUGCCAGGUGGCAGUGCUAUCCUACCAUCCAGCGCCCUCAUGCUGUGUGUGCCUGCACAGAUAGCUGGCUGCCCCAUCAUUGUCCUGGCCACUCCACCGCGCCCUGAUGGGUCCAUCUCUCCUGAGGUUCUGUACUGUGCACGGCGAGCGGGUGCAACACAUGUCCUGCGGGCAGGUGGCGCCCAAGCAGUAGCCGCCAUGGCCUGGGGCACUGACUCUUGCCCAAAGGUGGACAAGCUGCUGGGUCCUGGAAAUCAGUAUGUGACAGCGGCCAAGAUGCUACUGCAGAACAGUGAGGCGCUGGUGUCGAUCGACAUGCCAGCGGGCCCAUCAGAGGUGUUGGUAAUUGCAGAUGGUGGCGCGCCUGCUGACCAUGUAGCUGUGGACCUCCUGUCUCAGGCUGAACACGGCCCAGACAGCCAGGCUGUGCUUGUGGCGCUGCCCGACGCCGAUGUGCCUGCAAUCCAAGCUGCUGUAGAGACGCAACUGUCCAGCCUGCCCCGCGCAGAGGUCACCCGGCUGGCCCUCUCACACUCCAAGGUCGUUCGGGCAGCAGACAGGGCUGAAGCAUUGCGCUUCUCCAACGCAUACGCACCUGAGCACCUUAUUAUAAACACCGCAGAUGCAGAGGACUACCUGCCUGGCAUCUCCAAUGCUGGCUCUGUCUUUCUCGGCAGGUGGACACCAGAGAGCGUGGGGGACUAUGCCAGUGGCACUAACCACACCCUACCCACAUACGGCUACGCCAAGAUGCACAGUGGCGUUUCCCUGGACACCUUCCAGAAGAAGAUCACCGUCCAGGCACUGUCGAGAUCGGGUCUGGGCGCUGUUGGGCCAGCUGUGGCAAAAAUGGCAGAGGUGGAGGGCCUUGAGGCGCACAGGCGAGCAGUCACUGUGCGUCUUGGGCUGGAUUGA